AUGGCAUCCACUGCCGAACUCGCAUCCUCCUUCAUCGAGGGUGCCCCGCCUGGCGAGGAUCUCUUCAGCUUGCGGAUGUCGUUGCCGGUAAUUGACCUUCCUCUUGACCUGUCUUCCUCCCUACCCCGCCGCACUGUGUACCUUGCCUGUUCGCUUCGGUCACCCCGUGCUAAGCUCAAUACCGCUACAGACGUGCAAGCCCUGACCUCCGAGGGCGAGAAUAUCAUCCCUUCACUCACCCCCGCCUUUGAAAGAUACAAUGAGAGCCAACUUACGACGGUGAAGCUGCCAGGAUCCAGUCAGGAGGUUCUGGUCAGCGAGUUUAACAAGCUGGAAGGCAACCGCUACUUUGACACGGAAAGCCAGACAUCGUUCGAGGUCGACCAUACCACACAGACCGCAUCCGGGGCACAAUCAUCACCGUUGGAGUCUCAGAAUGCCGACUUGAUUAAAUCGCUGCUCAAGUCGCUUGGCGUGCAUGCCCGUGAACAUUAUCCCAGCUGCUCGUACGGGGUUUACCCAAUCGAGAACGAUUCUGCAGUCGCCAUUGUUCUGGUUGCAAACCGCUAUUCGCCUAGCAAUUUCUGGAACGGUCGUUUCCGCGCCAUCUACCAGGUUUCUAUCUCAUCUGCGUCCACCACCGUCACUGGCAAGAUCCACGUGGACGUGCACUACUACGAGGAUGGCAACGUGUCUCUCAACACCACCAAGCCCGUCAACAUCGCCGUUCCCUCCGUGUCAGCCGAGUCGAUCAUUUCCCGCAUUGCGACGGCGGAGCGCGAUUACCAGGAGGAUUUGAACCGGGCAUUUGUGCAGAUGGCCGAGGGAGCGUUUAAGAACCUGCGGCGACAGCUGCCCAUCACGCGGCAGAAGGUCGAGUGGGAAAAGGUCGGGGGUUACCGGUUGGGACAGGACAUUUCUGGCGGAAAGGGACGAUGA